UCCUACCCCACCCCCCAAGCUUGCUAUGGCAUCGUCCAGGUGCCCACCGGACCCUGGUUCUGCCGGAAAUGUGAGUCACAGGAGCGAGCCGCCAGGGUGAGGUGUGAGCUGUGCCCACACAAAGAUGGGGCAUUGAAGAGGACAGACAAUGGAGGCUGGGCCCAUGUGGUGUGUGCCCUCUACAUCCCUGAGGUACAAUUUGCCAAUGUGCUCACCAUGGAACCCAUUGUCCUACAGUAUGUCCCCCACGACCGAUUCAACAAGACUUGUUACAUCUGUGAGGAACAGGGCCGGGAAAGCAAGGCGGCCUCAGGAGCCUGCAUGACCUGCAAUCGGCAUGGCUGUCGGCAAGCCUUCCAUGUCACCUGUGCCCAGAUGGCUGGUCUGCUAUGUGAGGAAGAGGUCUUAGAAGUGGACAACGUCAAAUACUGUGGCUACUGCAAAUACCAUUUCAGCAAGAUGAAGACAUCAAGGCACUCCAGUGGGGGAUCAGGGGGAGGCAACAGCGGCUUCAUCGCUGGCCGGAGAAGCCAGUCAGCCUCACCGUCCUCUCAGGAAAAGCACGGCUCCCACCAUGAGAGGGUCCCAAAGAAGAGUCGGAAGGACAAGGAUCGGCUUAAACAGAAGCACAAGAAGAGGCCUGAGUCUCCCCCCAGAAUCCUCACUCCCCCUGUGCCCCCCAUCACUGACAAGGGCUCCUCCUCCUCUUCCUCUUCCUCUCACCAUGAGGGCAGUGCCCGGGAGCCCUCUGAGGGCAACAGGGAUUCCAAAGGGAAGAAGUCUUCCAGCCACAGCCUCAGCCACAAGGGCAAGAAGUUAAGCAGUGGGAAAGGUGUGGCCAGCUUCACCUCUGCCUCCUCCUCUUCCUCCUCCUCUUCUUCUGGAGGACCCUUCCAGCCCACAGUCUCCUCCCUCCAGAGCUCCCCAGACUUCUCAUCCUUCCCCAAACUGGAGCAGCCUGAGGAGGAGAAGUACCCCAAAGCAACACCACCAGCACCACCAGGGCCUGUCUCUCCCCCUGCCUCAGAGCCCCCCAAGGCUGAUGUUUUUGAGCAGAAGGUGGUAUUUUCUGGAUUUGGUUCUAUCAUGCGCUUCUCCACAUCUGCUGCUGGAACAGCUCGGACCCGGGUGCCAUCUCCAGGAGAGUACAAGGCCCCCCACAUCCCCGGGGGAAGCACUGGGCCAGGCAGUCACAAGAGGAUGCCUUCACUGAGUGCUGCUUCAGAGGAGGUGGUUGAGGGCCUGAAAGAGAAGAAACAUAAAGGGAGCAAGAAAAAUCGCCACGGGCCUGGAAGGCCCAAGGGGAGCAGGAACAAGGAGGGAGUGGGAGGGCCCUUGGUGCCACCCCUUCCUGGGGCCCAGCUGGCUGGCUUCACUGCCACAGCAGCCUCACCCUUCUCAGGGGGUUCACUGGUUAGUUCCGGUGUGAACAAUGCCUCUGCUUCCCGGGCCUUUGGACAUCAAGCAGCCCUGCCUAGCCUCAGCCUUGAGUCUCCACUGCUUGGGGCAGGGAUCUACACCAGUAACAAGGAUCCUAUCUCACAUGGUGGUGGGGUCCUUCGGGCUGUGUGCAGCACACCCCUCUCUUCCAGUCUCUUGGGUCCUGCAGGCACCUCAUCUCUGCCCCAGCUCAGCCGUUCCCCCUUCGUCAGCACCCUCCCUGCCUCUUCUGCCUCCAUCUCCACCACCCAGGUAUUUUCUUUGGCUGGUUCUACCUUCAGCCUUCCUUCUUCCCAUAUCUUUGGGACCCCCAUGGGCUCCGUUAACCCGCUCCUCACCCAGGCAGAGAACAGCCGAACAGAGCCCAGCCUGGAGGAGUGCAGCUUUGGGUGCCGGGGCACCUCUCCCCAAGAGAGCCUGUCAUCCAUGUCACCCAUCAGCAGCCUCCCCACACUCUUUGAUCAGACAGCACCCUCAGCUCCCUGCUCAAGCAGCCAGCUGGAUCCAGCAGCCCAGGGCACAGCCAACAUGGAACAGCUGCUGGAGAAACAGGGCAAUGGCGAGGCUGGAGUCAAUAUUGUAGAAAUGCUGAAAGCCUUGCAUUCGCUGCAGAAAGAGAACCAGAGACUUCAGGAACAGAUCAUGAGCCUGACAGCAAAGAAGGAAAGACUCCAGAUCCUCAAUGUGCAGCUCUCAGUACCCUUCCCUGUGGUACCUGCCGGGGUGCCUGCUGCCAACGGGCCCAACCCUCAGGGUCCUUACUGCCUGCCACCCAAUGCUGGCAGCACUGACUCCCUAAGCACCAGCAAAAGCCCUCCUGGCAAGAACAGCUUUGGCCUGGAAAAUUCCCUCUCCAUGUCUUCCGAGGACCCUCACUCUGGGUGCCCAAGCCGAAGCAGCUCCUCAUUGUCCUUCCAUAGCACACCUCCACCUCUGCCCCUUCUGCAGCAGAGUCCGGCUACGUUGCCCCUGGCCCUGCCUGGCCCCCCAGCCCCUCAGCAGCCACAGUCUCAAAAUGGGCUGGGCCGAGGGGCUGGAGGAGUUGGCUUAGGGACUGUAUCCAUGGCUGAUGGGCUUCUCGGAGGCCUGGCAGGGGGAGGGACACUGCCCCUCAAUGGACUUCUUGGUGGGCUUAAUGGAGCCGUGGCACCCCCAACACCCACCGGCCUGAACCAAGGCAGCGGGACCCCAACAAUGCAACUUCCAGGGAGCCUCAGUAGCCUGACGGAACAGCAGAGACACUUCCUCCAACAGCAGGAGCAGCAGCUCCAACAGCUCCAGCAGCUCCUGACCUCGCCCCAGCUGACCCCGGACCAUCAGACCGUUGUGUACCAGAUGAUCCAGCAGAUCCAGCAGAAACGGGAGCUGCAGCGGCUACAGAUGUCUGGAGGCCCACAGCUCCCCAUGGCCAGCCUGCUGGCAGGCGGCACAGCCCCUCUGCUGCCCUCAGGCACCCCUGGCCUCCUGCCCUCAGCAGCUGCCCCACCCCUGCUGCCCGCGGGCUCCCUGGUGGCUCCGGCGUUGGGCACUGGCACUACCCUCAUGGCGGCAGCGGCAGGCGGGCCCCCUGUCCUCACCGCCCAGACCAACCCCUUCCUCAGCCUCCCUGGGGCGGACAACAGCGGGCAGAAAGGAGGGAGCGGUGACAAAGGAUCCUCAUGCAACCAGGAAAAAGGCUAGACCAGCCCCUCCCCCUCCCCGCCCCGGGGGGCUUCAGGGGAUGCCUGGUCCCGAGGGGGCCCAG